ACUUCCGAUCUAGAAUCGGAAAAUAGAAGAAGUUCCCUCCAUUGCAGGGCGCGGGAUUGAGCUGUGGCGGAGAGGGUUUUUCCGUGACCUAGGGUUUCCACUUUCGUAGCCGAAGGGAAGCCGGGGCUUGAUCACAGAAGGUGUCAGUGAAUUGCCAUGGAGAGCGCCUUUGCGAGCGCCUCUGCUAUCUCAGACCAGAGGCAGAAGAUCGAACAGUAUAAGAACAUUCUGUAUAAUGUUUUGUCGUCAAACGAUUCAGUCCAAGCCAAGAAGUUUAUCGAUCACACACUAUCUGACGAAGUUCCGCUUGUGGUUUCGCGGCAGCUCUUGCAAACUCUUGCGCAAGAGUUGGGGAAAUUGGAGGGUGAGACUCAGAAAGAUAUCGCCCAUUACAUCCUCGCACAGAUUCAGCCGCGCGUUGUCUCUUUCGAGGAGCAGGUGUUGAUUAUUCGAGAGAAGCUUGCUGAAUUGUAUGAAUCAGAGCAGCAAUGGUCAAAAGCUGCUCAGAUGCUCAGUGGCAUCGAUCUAGACUCUGGAAUGAGAGUGAUCGACGAGUCAUACAGAUUGUCAAAAUGUGUUCAAAUUGCUCGUUUAUACCUUGAGGAUGAUGAUGCUGUUAAUGCUGAGGCUUUUAUCAAUAAAGCAUCAUUCUUGGUUAGCAAUAGUCAGCACGAAGUCCUUAAUUUACAAUACAAGGUUUGCUAUGCUAGGAUCUUAGACUUGAAAAGGAAGUUCUUGGAAGCAGCACUGCGUUAUUAUGAUAUAUCUCAAAUUGAAAAGAGACAAAUAGGAGAUGAAGAAAUCAACGAAGAAGCAUUGGAACAAGCUUUAUCUGCUGCAGUGACAUGCACAAUAUUGGCUGCUGCUGGUCCACAGCGAUCCCGAGUUCUUGCCACAUUAUACAAAGAUGAGCGUUGCUCAAAGUUAAAAAUCUAUCCAAUACUGCAAAAGGUUUACUUGGAGAGAAUUUUGAGAAAGCCUGAAAUUGAUGCAUUUGCUGAAGAGCUAAAGCCUCACCAGCAAGCCCUUCUGCCAGAUAAUUUUACUGUGUUGGAUCGUGCUAUGAUUGAGCAUAAUCUUCUCAGUGCAAGCAAACUCUACACAAAUAUAAGCUUCGAAGAGUUAGGCACUUUGUUGGGUAUUCCUCCUCAUAAGGCUGAGAAGAUAGCAUCCAGAAUGAUCUAUGAGGACAGAAUGCGGGGAUCAAUUGACCAGGUUGAAGCUAUUAUCCAUUUCGAGGACGAUAUUGAAGAGCUGCAGCAAUGGGAUCAACAGAUUGUUGGUCUUUGUCAAGCGCUGAACGAUAUCUUUGAUAGCAUGGCAAAUAAAGGGGUCUCCCUUCCCGUCUGACCAAUGUGCUGUUACCGAUUCCCAAUCCAGUGAUUUUGUAUUAUCUUAGAAACCUUCAUCUUGUUACCAUAAUUUUGAGGCUACUUUAGUUUUUUUUAUUGUUUCUUUUUCUUUUUUGAAGAGUUUGAAAAUUGUUAUUCUUUUUAGCAGCGAGGGUUAUUUGUCUGUCAUCGGUGAAAAAAAAAAAGAAAAGAAAGAGAGAGCGAGAGAGAGGGAUACGAAGAGUUACGAAGCCAAUGUAUCAAAAUAUUUAACUUCUCCUCACUAAGAAAAGGAAACAGGAAAAGAUGAAAUGAAGCACUGUUUAUGGCUUUGGAGGGUCA